GCCGAGCCCUGCUGCUUGCCUUGCGCGUCGCUCCACUAAGCAACCGCGAGCCGCUCGACGAGGACGACUACUCGCUCCGGGAACUUGAAGAGCUAACUUCACAGCUAUCUUCCGUUGAUACCUCCUCCGCGCCUCAGGUGUGUGAGAGACGCCCCAGCUACGCCUGCUCGGCGAGAAAGCAACGCCGAAUCCCGGUAAGCCGCCAGAGCCGUCGACGCUCUCGAGUUCCAGGUUGUAGAGAGCACCUCUCCACCACCUCCAAGAAAGAUGGCCCAGAUGCCGGGCUUGGGUAAAAGGAUCACCACCGCGCAACGGGUCGUCAUAGCCGCAGCGCGCAAAGAGUUCGGCAUGCACCUUAUAUUCAACGAACCAAUCAAUGCGCUAGAUAAGGAUUUCAGAGUCGAGUUCAAGAAUAAAUGCGUGAAGGAGUCGAAGAUCACUGUUGUCCUUGAAAUUUUACCCUCCAAAUUCAUGGAGCUUUGCUACGAGACGGUCGAGGACAGCAACAAAUACUUCUACGUGCGCCAGGAUCCGCAAGACAGCAAGCUGUACGUGGGUAGCAGGUAUCUGCAGCACAACAACCAUCACCGUUACGACCUGACUCUGAAGAAGCCCAUCACCAUUAGCAGAAAAAUUUACGUCAUCCAGCUGGAGUGGAAUUCCAGUAACAAAAUCCAGGUGUACCUGGACGGGACGCCCACUGUCGCUUCAAGUCCCGCUGCGACCAUGCUCAAGGACUGUGCGCGCCUGGUCCCCGGUGAGGAGUUUAUAGGCGACACAUCCAAGAAGAUGCACGGCUUUAUAGUUUACGAAGCACACCACACCUCUCCUAAACAAAUGACCCUGACAGAACUGAACCACAGCUACACACUUCCCCCGCAGUACGUCAUAGGCGCCGGCGGUGUCGUGCGGUUCACCGGGAAGUGCAUUAUGCGCGAAAGUCGCACGGGAGAGAUCAGAGUGCUCUACGGCGGCCAGCUCGCGGCCACGCUGGAGGGCUUGCAGAGGAACAAGGACAUGACGGUCGUCAUUCUAUUCCACUUUGACAAGAUGGCCAUCUCGCUGCUCGGCGCGCCCGAGCCGGAGUCGCCGGUCGUCGUGCCCUUGACGAGGUCGGCGGCCGACCCGACCCUCAAGGAGAUCACGGUCAGCCGAAACCUGCAGACGCACACCGUGGAAAUCUACACCGGCCUUUCAUCAGCCGUGUGAGACAAGUGCAGGGGCUGGAACGCACACUGGACCGUUCAGACGCUGGAGACGUGUAGCUCACCUGUAUAUGCACGUUUACUUUCAACCUCCGCGCCUCCGGGGAAGAGAACGAACGGUGUUCAAUAAACGAUUACUCCUCAAAAGGUGUUCUCUUCCUCGAUCCCUUUCCUUCUUUCGUUUCCUUUCUUGUACUAAACGACUACUGACGUGAUUUAGCGAGGCAUUGGUUUGGGCUAGCACGAGAUCCUUAGAUUUCGAGCGACGAAGUUUAGGACGUCGCUUGGAAACACGACACGGCCGGCGCAAGCGCUAACUUCCAACUAAAGUUUAAUGUCAUCAGCUUGAAUAAAUAUGUAGAGUCAAUACGGGUAAAGAACAAAAGAACAAGGAGCAGGAACGGAAAGUAACGCGUCGAUAACGUGGCAGUGCCAGCACGCGUUCGUUGUCAACAAGCAAUCCACUGUCACCAACUGCCAUCAAGCAAACCAAUUUCAUUUUUUUUUUCGAUGAAGAAACCGACAGAGAACUCAACACGCACUCAUAAUCGCCACGUCGCCAGUGCUGCUGCCUCGACAAUCUCGCACGUGCAGCGAUCUCGGUUCUCGAACACAACCACAGCAUCGUCAAAAUAUGGGGCACACUCGCAAUCGCGGUAACGAGGUGAGAGUGUUGACCUUCUCCCCAUUUCCACACAUUUCUGUUGCGCUCUCUUUUAGACGUUCACUUAGGCAAGCGUCUUCCCGACACACACUUUGCCGCCGGGCAACGUAAUUUUUUUGUAUACUACGCCUUCGAUGCACACAACAAACCUGUUCUUGUGCUUUACGUUGCGCACUCUCUUGCACUUCACUAUCGGUGACGUCGCUUUGCAGAGUUUGGUCAACUUAUACCAACACCACCUAGAAAGCACAAGGCCGUUUCUCUCGGAUCCUUGACGUCAUGCUAGUGGACCGACUGCCAUAGAAUCUAAUGGCGAUGCUCCCGAGUAGGCAACAGUGAUUUUGACGUCGCCGCUUUCGGCAUGCCAGCCUUGGCAUGGAAAUUUCUGGGCCACUAGCAUGACGUAGUGAACAGGCCUUGCGCUGUCUAGGUGGUGUUGCUUAUAUGGGGCAGACGAGGCGACCUUCAUGCCAGCCUUAUUUGCAAUCUUCUUUAAGGUGAUGUGAAGUUCUGUGUGUAAGUACGGAAUGACGGCCACCAAUGACGGUCACCCUGUUUCGACCGUGGCUAAUUGUGG